AAAUAAAAAUAAAACAUCUUUCUUUGGAUUUUUAGUCAUGAAUCCUGCUGCAAUAACCAGUUUACAGAAAAAGUUCUGUGAUUUAUGAGGAUCCACUGAUCCUCUCUCUCUCUCUCGUCCUUUUCUGUACAAAUCUUCUGCAGCCAUGAUCACGAAAAACACUUCCUAUUCCAUGUUUUCUGUGUUGUUUAUCCUAUAUUUCUCAACAAACUUUAGUUUCUCCUAUGGAGUUGACAGCAUCACGGCAAACAAAUCUCUUUCUGGAAACCAGACAAUUGUCUCUUCAGGUAACACCUUUGUGCUGGGAUUCUUCAAACCAGGUAAGUCUUCCAGGUAUUAUGUAGGAAUUUGGUACAAAAAUAUUAGUCCAAGGACCAUUGUUUGGGUGGCAAAUAGGGAGACACCCAUUUCAGACAUGAAUUCUGCAGAACUGAAAAUUUUAGAUGGGAAUUUGGUGCUAAUGGAUAAGUUCCAGGUUACGAUUUGGUCCACCGAUGUAAACUCGACAACCUCAAAUUCGGUAGUGGCAACUCUAGGUGAUGAUGGGAAUUUAGUUUUAAGAGAUGGGUCAGAACCUAGGACAAUUAAAGGAUUUUGGCAAAGUUUUGAUAAUCCAACAGAUACAUUGUUGCCUGGUGGUAAACUUGUUUAUGACAAACAUAAAAACACAAAGCAACUCCUCAUUUCUUGGAAAAAUUCUGAGGACCCUGCACCUGGGCUUUUCUCCAUUGAAGUUGAUCCAAAUGGGAGACAGUUUAUUAUGAGACGGAAUAGGACUGAACAAUACUGGACUAGUGGAGCUUGGAAUGGGCGUAUUUUCAGUUCAGUUGCUGAACUGAAUUAUGUCUUUAAUAUUAGUUAUGUUGAUAAUGUAAAUGAGACUUACUUCACAUAUUCUCUUUAUGAUCCCUCUAGUUUAUUUAAAUCCGUGAUGGAUGUUUCGGGGCAACUUAUGCAGUCAUCAUGGUCGGAGAAUGCGAAGGAGUGGAAUCUGUUGUGGUCCCAACCCAGGCAGCAAUGUGAGGUUUAUGCUUAUUGUGGGCCAUUUGGUACCUGCAAUCAGAAUUCAUUGUCCUCCUGUAAUUGUUUGCAGGGAUUUAAACAGAAGUCAGAAACUGAUUGGAAUUUGAAGGAUUAUUCGGGUGGCUGCAUAAGAGAGAUCGAUUCUCUGCAGUGUGGGGAUGGUAGUACUUUUAUGGACAGAGAAGACAAGUUUUUGAUCAAUUCCCAAGUUAGUUUACCUGAAAAUUCUCAAUCAGUGACUGUAAGGAGUGCUGGAGAAUGUGAAUCUGUCUGUUUGAGUAAUUGCUCUUGCACAGCUUAUUCUUAUGUUGGCAAUGCAUGCUCGGUUUGGAAUGGUGAAUUAUUGAAUUUACAACAACUCUCGGAAAAUAAUGGCAGUGGAAGAACGAUCAACGUUCGACUUUCCGCUUCUGCCUCUCAGUUUUCUAGAACCAAAAAAGGUAAAUGGGUUAUAAUUGGUGCAGUUGUGGGUUCUGUUGCUGUUGUUAUUGUCCUAUUGGCCAUUGUUGUGAUCGUGAUCUGUCGAAGGCGAAUUCGGACUCCAAACGCAGUCGAGGGAUCAUUGAUAGCAAACUUAGGGGAAGAUAGCAAGAGCAAUAUCGGUGUUCCUUUCUGCACUUGGGAAAGUAUAUUAGUUGCUACAGAGAAUUUUUCAGAUGCAAACAAACUUGGGCAAGGUGGAUUUGGCCUUGUUUACAAGGGAAUUUUUCCGGAAGGACAAGAAAUUGCAGUGAAAAGGUUGUCAAGCUGUUCAGUGCAAGGCAUUAAUGAAUUUCAGAACGAAGUUGUAUUGAUCGCAAAGCUUCAACAUCGAAACCUUGUUCGCCUUGUGGGCUACUGUAUUAAGGAGAAUGAAAAGAUCUUACUCUACGAAUACAUGCCCAACAAAAGUCUUGAUGCCUUCAUAUUUGAUCAAAAUCUAUGCAAGUUGCUAAACUGGAAGAAACGGUUCGAGAUCAUCUCGGGGAUAGCAAGAGGGGUUCUUUAUCUUCAUCAAGAUUCAAGGUUGAGGAUCAUUCAUAGAGAUUUGAAAACAAGCAACAUUCUGUUAGAUGAAGAGAUGAAUCCCAAAAUUUCAGAUUUCGGUUUGGCAAGAAUUGUUGAGGGCAAAGGAACGAUAGCAAGCACCAACAGAGUCAUUGGAACCUAUGGUUAUAUGUCUCCAGAGUAUGCAUUGGAUGGAUUAUUAUCAAUGAAGUUAGAUGUAUUUAGUUUUGGAGUUGUUGUGCUUGAGAUAAUUAGUGGAAAGAAAAACACAGGAUCAUAUCAGUCCACAGAAGACCUAAAUCUCUUGAGUUAUGUAUGGAGAUUGUGGAGUGAAAAAAAGGCACUUGAUUUGGUGGACCCAAUACUGCUUGAAUCUUGUGAUAAAUAUGAAGUUUUGAAGUGCAUUAACGUUGGGCUGUUGUGUGUGGAGGACGAUCCCAAUGAUCGUCCCACAAUGUCAAAUGUCGUUCUCAUGCUUAGUGGCGAGACUGCAGUACUUCCAGUUCCUAAUCAACCGGCUUUUGUAAUGAGAAAUCGCGUUUUAAGCACAUCGUCCUUGUCCUCUAAUAAGCUAGAUUCAAGCUCCAACGAGUUGACAAUAUCCUUGCCACAAGGGCGAUGAGGAAUUUACUUAUUUCCUUGGUUUAGUAUUUUUUCUUCUUUUGUAUGUUAACCAGAAUCUGCACCAGAUCGUUGUAGUAACAAGAAAGUCUUUCUUAAAUAUCAUCUGUGAACUGGUUUUUGUAGAACGAAGCCAAGACAGAAAUCUCUUGCACAAUCAUUUUCACCUCAUUAUUUUAUUUUAUUUUUUGUGAUAA